GGCCCCGCUCCCCGCCGCCCUGCCCGGCCCCGCUCCCGGCCCCGCGCUCCCGCGGCAAGAGCCCUUCCGUUCCGCGUUUCCUCCGGAUUUCUGCGUGCUUCGCCCCGCCGUGCCCGGCAGCAUGGGGCUGCCGGCGCUGGAGUUCAGCGAGUGCUGCCUGGACAGCCCGCAGUUCCGGGAGCGGCUGCGCUCCCACGAGGCCGAGCUGGACAAGACCAACAAGUUCAUCAAGGAGCUCAUCAAGGACGGGAAGUCGCUCGUCGCCGCCCUCAAGAACCUGUCGGCUGCCAAGCGCAAGUUCGCGGAUUCCCUCAACGAGUUCAAAUUCCGCUGCAUCGGCGACGCCGAGACCGACGAUGAGAUCUGCAUAGCCAAGUCUCUGCAGGAGUUUGCCACGGUGCUGCGGAACCUGGAAGACGAGCGGAUGCGCAUGAUCGAGAACGCCAGCGAGGUGCUGAUCACGCCGCUGGAGAAGUUCCGCAAGGAGCAGAUUGGGGCUGCCAAGGAUGCCAGAAAGAAAUACGACAAGGAGACUGAGAAAUACUGUGGUGUCCUAGAAAAGCACUUGAACUUGUCUUCCAAGAAGAAAGAAUCCCAGCUUCAGGAGGCAGACAGCCAGGUGGACCUGGUUCGGCAGCACUUCUACGAGGUCUCCCUGGAAUAUGUCUUCAAGGUGCAGGAGGUCCAGGAGAGGAAGAUGUUUGAGUUUGUGGAACCUCUGCUGGCCUUUCUGCAGGGGCUGUUCACGUUCUACCACCAUGGCUACGAGCUUGCAAAGGACUUCAGUGACUUCAAGACAGAGCUGACAAUCAGCAUCCAGAAUACAAGGAACCGCUUUGAAGGGACGAGGUCAGAGGUUGAAGCUUUGAUGAAGAAGAUGAAGGAGAAUCCCCACGAGCACAAAAACAUCAGCCCUUACACGAUGGAGGGGUAUCUCUACGUGCAGGAGAAGCGUCACUUUGGCACUUCCUGGGUGAAGCAUUACUGCACCUACCAGAGGGAAUCGAAGCGCAUCACGAUGGUGCCCUUCGACCAGAAGUCAGGAGGGAAAGGGGGGGAGGAUGAAGCUGUGACCCUGAAAUCCUGUACCCGGCGGAAAACAGACACCAUUGAGAAGAGGUUCUGCUUUGAUGUGGAGGCUGUGGACCGGCCCGGCGUCAUCACCAUGCAGGCGCUCUCGGAGGAGGACCGGCGGCUCUGGAUGGAGGCCAUGGACGGCCGGGAGCCGGUGUACAACUCGAACAAGGACAGCCAGAGCGAAGGCACUGCCCAGCUGGACAGCAUCGGCUUCAGCAUCAUCAAGAAGUGCAUCCACGCCGUGGAAACGAGAGGGAUCAAUGAGCAGGGGCUGUACCGCAUCGUGGGGGUGAACUCCAGGGUUCAGAAGCUGCUCAGCAUAUUGAUGGGACCUUGUGCUGGCCGAGGCUGGGAGGCCCUGGGCCCCGUGGGCAGGUCUGAAGAUCCCAAGACAGCCACAGAGACAGAGACAGAGAUCUGUGCAGAGUGGGAGAUCAAGACCAUUACUAGUGCACUGAAAACAUACCUGAGAAUGCUCCCAGGGCCCCUGAUGAUGUACCAGUUUCAAAGGAGCUUCAUCAAAGCAGCGAAGCUGGAGAAUCAGGAGUCCAGGGUGUCGGAGAUCCACAGCCUCGUUCAUCGGCUCCCGGAGAAAAACAGGCAGAUGCUGCACUUGCUCAUGAACCAUUUGGCAAAGGUUGCAGAUAAUCACAAGCAGAACCUGAUGACUGUUGCUAAUCUGGGUGUGGUGUUUGGGCCGACGCUGCUUCGACCUCAGGAGGAAACGGUGGCUGCCAUCAUGGACAUCAAAUUCCAGAACAUUGUGAUUGAAAUUUUAAUAGAGAACCACGAGAAGAUAUUCAACACGGUGCCAGAGGCGCCGGCGCCGAACUCGCAGCUGCUGCUAUCGCGCAAGAAGAGCGCGGAGUCGAAGCCUCCCUCGUGCAGCGAGCGGCCGCUGACGCUCUUCCACACGGCCCAGCCCCACGAGAGGCAGGAGAACAGGAACAGCAUCAUCAACUCCAGCCUGGAAUCCGUCGUCUCUUCAAAUGUAAACAGCUUCCUCAACUCCAACAGUGCUCCCCAGCCCAGCCUCAACUCGAGUGAUCUUGAAGUAGAAGUAAUUAAGCCAAACAGGCCAAAUUCCCUCUCCCCCCUGCGCAAGGCCCGCGCUCUCUACGCCUGCAAAGCCGAGCACGACUCCGAGCUCUCCUUCACGGCCGGCACCGUCUUCGACAACGUUCACCCAUCCCAGGAGCCCGGCUGGCUGGAGGGGACCCUCAACGGCAAGACAGGACUGAUCCCCGAGAACUACGUGGAGUUCCUAUAACUGUGGGGUGCACAGAGCCACUGCUGAGCAUUCCAUGGUAUCCAUGGCGAGUCCUGCAGGCCCCUGUGCCACCGUGUGACCGGGUGGGGACACCCCUGUGCCCGCUGCUGGAUGUUUGUGUGCAUCAGACGUCGCCGCUCCUCCUGCUGGGCUGCAGGGAUGCUCCUGGGGACGUGCAGAGACUCCCCCAGCCCCACUGGGGGUGCUUCGAGCCCAGCGAUGGAAAACCAGCCAAGGGACAGCCGAGGGGCCGAGCUGCAGGCUGGGAAUGCCCGGGGGGUUCCCUGCAGGGGGACAUUCCCCGGCUGGCACGGAGCCCCCAGGGUCCCACCCAGGAGAGUGCUGUGCUCCCUGUGCUUCCUGCUGCCCCAGCACAGCUCUGGGGAGCACCCCGAGGUGUGGGGCAGGGGAAGGCUGGGGGCUGAGCCCCGUGGUGGCCCUGGCUCUGUCCCCUCCCCGUGGCACUGCACUCUGGCUCUUGCGGGCGAGGGCGAGCCCCGGGUGGGCUCUGCAGGCCCCGGGGCUGCCAGGGCUCAGCAGGCUCCUGCUCCGUGGAGAGAGGAUGUUCUGGACCAAACCCCUCAAACUGUGCUUUUUUAUUUCCAGGAUCUGGGUGUUGUGGGUGCCCUGGGUGUGUGCGAGGGGAGCAGGCCGUGCUGCCCUCCUGCUAGCCAGCCCCAGGCAAACCCCACUGCUGUUGCUGGGCUGUCUGUGCCUCCCUUCCCAAAUCCCUCUGUACAGACACAGCCGUGCUCCCACCAGGCCCUGCUGGAGCUGCCUCUGCCCCUCUCCAGCGUUGCUUUCCAGGCCUCCCCUUGCUUGCAGCUCGUCCGUGCCAAGUCUGUGCAGUGCUGGUUGUGCCAGGUGAAUUAUUUCCACCCUCGAGGGCCGUUUGCUGCUGCUGUGGCCAAGGUGGGGCUGUGGAGAGCCAGGAGGAGCCCCUGGGCUGCCCCAGCCCGGCUCCUGCCCCCAUGGACACGCCACAGGGCUGGCAGGGCAGGCAAACCCCUCAUGGUUCCAGGUGGUUCUGAAGGGGGAGGGUGGGGGCAGAGCCCUGUCUGGCUGCAGAGCCGGGAUUUUGAGAGCUGGAAUCGUAUUUUAUAACAAGGAAGUCUCAAGCCCCAGGCCGUGGCACUGGGGAUGGGCGUCGUGGCUUUUGUAACAGUUUUAAAGACUCUGAGUGACUGAAUUGCUCUAUGUGUCACUUUUUAUUUUUGAAAGGAUUAAUGUAUAAAUAGAGUAUCUUAAAAUAUUAUGAGGAAAA